AUAUAUAUAGAUGUUGUUGUAAAGAAUCUCACUAUCUUGGCUCCACUUGAAUCUCCAAAUACAGACGGAGUCGAUCCAGAUUCAUCCAAUGAUGUUUGCAUAGAGGACUGCUAUAUAGUGACAGGAGAUGAUCUUGUUUCCAUAAAAAGCGGAUGGGAUGAGUAUGGAAUAUCGUAUGCACGUCCAAGCACUAGGAUCAAGAUCAGCCGUUUGACCGGGCAAACUACUUCCAGUUCAGGCAUCGCCAUUGGAAGCGAAAUGUCAGGGGGAGUGUCCGAAAUCCACGUAGAAGACGUACAUUUAUACAACUCAAAGACAGGUAUAAGAAUCAAGACAUCCCCGGGGAGAGGAGGAUAUGUAAGGAACGUUUACGUAUCGAACGUGAAGCUGGAGAAUGUAAGUAUCGCCAUUCGGUUCACGGGGCAAUACGGGGAACACCCAGAUGGAAAAUACGACCCGAAAGCCUUUCCCUUGAUCGAAAAGAUCACGUUUGAGAAUUUUACAGGGGACAGCAUCGGAGUUGCAGGUCUCUUUCAAGGUAUCGAGGGAGAUGAGUUCAAGAAUAUCUGUCUGGUUAAUGUUUCUCUGCAAGUGAAGAGCUCGAGGAAAUCGCCAUGGAAGUGCUCGUAUGUUCGAGGGUAUUCUCAGUGGGUUUCGCCUGACAUCACUUGCGAUCCUCUGCAAGAAACCAUAUUUCCUGAUCAUAGUUCAGACUGUUACGGUCUUAAGAAUGUUCUCCAGAGAUCGGGCAGCCAAAGCAGAAGAUCCUGGUUGCUGUCUUGGUAAGUACAAGAACCACUUGCUUGGUUGUGAAGAAAUCAAUUCUCCUUUCUUUCUUUUUCUUUUCCGUGAAGGAUUUCGAUUUUAGAGAUGGGAAAUUUUUUAUUCUUGGGUUGAUGAAUUUUGUUUUUUCUUUUUCUUUUUUCCCUAUUUUUCUGUAAUUCUGUAUGCAGUGAAGAAAAUAAUCCGAGUGAUUUCCCAUAUGUGAGGAUUUUUUUUUUAUUUUGGAAACAGUUUUUAUGGAUU